AUGAAAUAUGCAAAAAAAGGAGUCGCUGAAGUACUCUUAGAAAUAUUAGAAUCGGAUGAUUUUUUUAUAGAUUGUGUAUUAUAUGAGAGUGCAAGUGAUAAUGAAGAACAUGAUUUUGUGACAGAAGUGGAGGAAGUGAAUGAUAUCAUAACAGAUAACGAAUACCCUGAAAGCAAUGUUUUGGAAGAUUCGGCCGGAACUAACGAUGUGUUAUGUGAUCAACAUGUUUCAUGGAUUAGAAAACGAGAUUUACACAUCUUAACCGCUGGGAUUUUAACCUAUACGUCAGACCAAAGGUUUCAAGUGAUACGACCAGACAAAUCUGACAAUUGGACGUUGCAGAUAAAAUUUCCACAAAUUAGAGAUUCGGGGAUCUACGAAUGUCAAGUUAACACAGAACCAAAAAUGUCUUUGCCGUUUCGGCUGAAUGUUAUAGAAGCGAAAGCGCGCAUCCUUGGACCAACAGACUUACACGUCAAGGCCGGCAGCUCCAUCACACUCACCUGUCUCAUCAGCCAGGGCCCACACGAUUUAGGGACGGUGUUCUGGUACAAAGGCGAGAACAUUCUAGAAACGUCACAUCAGCGCUUUACGAAUGAUGCAGAUUAUACGAGCAGGCUCACCAUAGAGGUUCGUAUAAUUUUGGAUUGA